AGAAAUAAGGGUUUUUGGUUUGUUACCUUACUUGGAGCAGGGGUUUUAUAGCAAAUCUGGGUUUUGAAUCUGGAUUUAUUUUCCGUUCUUCAAAAGGACUCAGAUGUGAGAUUCUUAUUCUUCUCAUUCAUCAUGUAUUUCCCUGAACCCUGAACCUAUCAUACCCCCAAAUCCCAUUUCUCUGCUUAAAUUAAAAUAAAUAAAUAGAGACCUAGAGAAAGAGUUUUUUAUUCUAUUUUGUUUACUUAACACCCUCACUGUUUAUUUCUUUAUUGCAUUACUCUCUCUGCUUAUUCACACAUACCCCCUUUCAAUGGCGGCAGCUACAAUCGAUGAAUACGAUGGUGAUACAAAGAAGAAGAAACGGAAGAGAAGCGAUUUCGAAUCAACUCAGAGGAAAUUCCUCAUUGGAGCUAAAGCGGAGGUUAGAAGUGUAGAAGAGGGAUUUAGUGGUUCAUGGCAUUGUGGUAGAGUAAUUGCAUGUGGUGAUCGAUACCGUGAAGUGGAAUAUGAUAAUUUACUAGUAGAUGAAGGUACUGAAAAUCUUAAGGAGACUGUUAGUGUUUCUCCUAUACUUGAUGGAAUUGAAUUGGGAAAUGAGGAUGAGGUGAUGAAUUCUUUUAAUUAUCGUGGUUUAAUUAGGCCGAUUCCUGACAAAAUUACAGUUAGUAGAUUUAGUUUAAAUUAUGGACUGUGUGUUGAUGCAUUGGUCGAUGAUGUAUGGUGGGAAGGUGUAAUGUUCGAUUACGAAGAUGGCAAGUCGGAGAGAUUAGUGUUCUUUCCUGAUUUAGGUGAUGUACAAAUGAUGAAAAUUGAUGAGUUGAGGGUAACUCAAGAUUGGGAUGAAAUUGGAGAUAUUUGGAAUGUUAGAGGGAAUUGGAAGUUUCUUGAAUUGAUUGAGGAGUAUGAAGUCGAUAUGCCGACCGUUGUUUCAGUUAGACAGAUUUGGUAUGAUUUGAGACAGUUGGAGGGGUUUAGGAAUAAGAUUAAGGAGUGGACUUGUGGUGAGAAGUCAGUGUGGGUAGAUUUGCUGCGGGAGUGUAUUCUGAAGAGUUUGCAUACAACUGCUGAGUACAUUGUUGAUGUACUUCUUGGGAAUUUGAUUGAUGAUGAACCAAUUGAGGAGCAGCUGAAGAGUAGAAUGAAGGAUACUGAAAUGUCUAAUUUACUAGAAGAUGAUGAGGGUGUUUCGGAAGACUUGAAAGAAGAAAAUCCUUUAGCAUUAUCUUUAUAUGAUGAUUCUAUUGAAAAUUUGAGUGAGGAAGAUGAAGAAUACCGUCCAUUUUCGACCAAGAGGAAGAGACGAAAAAUCAGUCUCUCAACUCAUGUGUUUUCAGAUGAUCUAGUAAAGGAGUCGGAACCAGUUGGGCGGGAAAAGUGGGUACCUGUAGGGCGAGAUUUCAUUCCUGAAGCUAAAUUCUGCCCUGAAGCAUUAGUGACCUAUUUAAAAAGUCAUAAGUACGAUGCUAGCACACGGGAUUCAGUGUUGGAAUCUAGAAUGCAUCUGUCUUAUCUUGGUUGGAAAAUUGAGCAGAAAAGACAUACAACAAGUGGUAACCUCAUAUUUCGUUACAGACCACCUAAGGGGGCGCCGCUCUAUUCUCUUCGUCUCGCGUGCCAGGCAGUGAUUAACCCCAAUACCCAUCCGGUUCCUGCAUCAAAGAUCUGUAGAAAGGGUCAACGCGGUGCUUCUCCUCCUUAUGCGAAAGCUUCUUCGUUUGUAGAUUCUGAAUCACUUUAUUCAGACCCUCCUGAAAGUCAUGGAACACCUAUCAUCCAUAGCAAAUUGGAUCUUCUACCUGAAUCUUGGCCUCAACCUUUGAGAACUUAUGUGAUUGAGUGCAGGAAAGACGGGAAUUCGAAAAAAGUUAAGGAGUUACGUGAAAUAGCAAGGGAGUACCUCUUCGCUCUUGGUUGGACCACCAGAUUUGUAUGUAAGAGGAAUCGCAAAGACCUUAUUUAUGUUUCUCCAAGAAAGAAGUCAUACCAAUCUCUUUUGACUGCUUGCAUAGGGCAUUGUAAAGAAGAAUUUUCUUACAGUAAGGAAAUAGCCGAGUCUUUGAGCUCAUCUAGUCAUGAUAAGUUCUCUUCUAAUAUCCCCCCCGAGGCUUUAGGAAACACAUUGCCCCAAAAUGGGCUGCUUGCAAAGGGUUUUGCUGAGUCAUCUAGCUCAUCACAAAAGAAAGGAAACCUCGAAGCUGGUAAUAUACAAGAAAAAAAAUCCAUUGAGCAGGUGAAGAGGCAAAGAAACAGUGCGUCCCUUCAUAGUAGCAGCAAUCGUAAAAUGAAGAAAAUGAAGGCAUCUCGACUUCAAUUGGAUAGUGAGUGUAAAACACAUGUUCCACAUUCAAGCAAAAGGGCAAGGCAGGAUGUGAUACUGAGUUCUGCGGAUCGCAGCCCUCGAACUGUUCUCUCUUGGCUGAUCGAAAGUAAUGUGGUUCUGCCAAGGGAAAAAGUACGUUACUUGAGUUUAAAAGACGAUUCUAUAAUUGGGGAAGGAAAAAUUAACCGCAAAGGAAUUAAGUGCAAUUGUUGCGAACAGGUUUUUGGUCUAACAAAUUUUGGACGUCAUGUUGGUAGUAAUUAUAUGCGACCAUCUGCCAGGAUUUUUUUGCAAGAUGGAAGGUCGCUAUUAGACUGCCAGAAGCAACUACAGGAAAAGAAUCUGAACUGCAUUGCAGUUGAACCUGGUAAGAGAACUAAAGGAAAUAUGGCUGACGAAAAGAAUGAUUAUAUAUGCACAAUUUGUCACUAUGGGGGAAUACUAGUGUUGUGUGAUCAAUGCCCAUCCUCGUUUCAUUUGAAUUGUCUUGGAAUAAAGGAUUUGCCGGAUGGAAAAUGGUUCUGCCCAUCUUGUCAAUGUGGAAUAUGUGGCCAAGGCGAGCUUGACAGCAUCCCGGAGCAGCCUGCUGAAAAGAAAGUUCUGCGCUGUGAUCAAUGCCAUCACGAAUAUCACACGGAGUGUGUUAGCAAAAGAGGGUUGGAUAAGCUGGACGUUAACCCGAAAGGCAGCUGGUUUUGCGGUAUAAAGUGUGAAAAGUUAUUUGCAAGUCUCCACAAACUUCUGGGGAAGUCAUUUCCAGUAGGUGUGGAUAAUUUAUCAUGGAGUGUUUUGAAACCUAGAAAACAUGAUUGCCACCAAUUUGCUCCAUCUGAUAAGGAGGCUGAUACGGAGAUUCAGAGCAAGCUCAAUGUAGCACUCUCUGUAAUUCAUGAGUGUUUCGAGCCCAUUAAAGAACCAGAUACAAAGACAGAUCUUGUUGAAGAUGUUCUUUUCAACAAUACAUCAAAGCUGAACCGAUUGAACUUUUGGGGAUUUUACACUGUGCUCUUAGAGCGAGAGGAUGAGCUCAUCUCAGUUGCGACAGUUAGGAUACAUAACGAAAAGGUUGCAGAAGUGCCACUUGUUGGUACGCGUUCCCAAUAUCGUAGGCAAGGGAUGUGCCGCAUUCUAUUUGAUGUUCUCGAACAGAAGCUCAAAGAAUUAGAAGUGGAUAGGCUGAUUUUACCUGCCGUUCCUCAAGUGUUGCAUACAUGGACUACUUCUUUCGGUUUCUCUAAGUUGACAAGUUCAGAGAGAUUAGAACUUGUACAGUACACUUUUCUGGAUUUCCAGGAUACCACAAUGUGCCAGAAAUUCUUAAGGAUGUCACCAGUAGCGAAACCAACACCGGAGCCAACAGGGAGUCGACCAGAACUUAUUCUUAGGUUCAAACUAAAGAAAGAAAAUAUUGAUACAGAUAGGAACACUAUCAUUCCGGCAGUAAUUCAAGCAGAACAGGUCGAACGGAGUCAAGAUGCAGAGCAACAACAAGUAGAACUUGGCGUCAAAGAUGUCUCCGACUCAGUUGUGACAGCUCCUCCUCUGGAUCUGACGACAACACUGCAACAUGAGGCUGAGCAAAAUAGGCAUAACAGUGAGCCAUGUAUCCUUCAGAAAUGCUUGUCGGAAGAUUUUUAUAAGAAACAGCAGGAUUAUCAAUGCUCGGCAAUACCAGAUGAGAAGUUAGCGUUAGUAGUUUACAAUGAAAACCAGCAGAAGUGGGGUCCCUGUUUCAAGUUCUACACGCGAAAGAACAUUCUAAGUCCUUGUUAGAGCUGACAUAGCAUCCCAUGCCCACAGGCCUUAACACUGACGUGACCGACUGAUCUAGUAGGAUGCAGAGUUCAUAAAAUAGUUAUGAAGGAAGAUUUUUUGGUGUUCUUUUGUAUGAAGCUGGCAAUGAAAAGUUCUAAUUUUACAUAACUUUGAAGUCUGACGGGGCGGUGUAAAGUCUCAGUUUUGAUGUAUAGAAGAAAGGUGGAGAUAUGUUUUUUUGUAUAGGAUGAGACUUGGUUUUAGGAUCAAAGUUUCUUCUUGUAAAGGGGGGGUUAAAAUGGUUGUAAAAAAGACUUUUAUGUUCAAAGAAAAAAGAAGGU